AUGGCCAAAAAUAUAGAAGUUGGUUCUACGAAAGGAAAAGCUCACGAUGUCCGGUCGGAAGAGAAACGGGUUGCCAGUCUUUGGCGUGGAACAACAGACCACACAAGAUGGCGCCUGAAAGAUGACGACAGUCGCCAUACCUGGCAUUAUUUGCCCGAUGAGAAGGCAUGCAAGGAUUGGCCACAGAGCCAUCCAGAAAAAUUCUAUCUGGACCUACCUUUAGGACUCCCAUGCCUCCCUCGCGCUACUUCCGUUUCCGAAGCUGCAUAUAAUGGAUUGACCUUCUUCGAGAACCUGCAGCUACCCUCUGGUCAUUGGGGUUGUGAGAGUAGUGGUCCCAUGUUGUUUUGUGUGGGCCUUAGCAUCGCAUAUUUUGUUACAGACACACCGAUCUCGGCAACCACCAAGAUUGAGCUGAGAAGCUACCUUAUUUCAUUGGAAAAUCCAAUCCAAGGUGUCUGGGGACUGCACACAACGGGCGAAAGUACCGUUUGUGGUACUGCUAUCAACUAUGUCGUCCUCCGCAUUCUAGUUAUGGAGCCUGAUGACCCUGUCCUUAUCAGAGCUCGUAGCUUUAUCCAGGAGAAUGGUGGAGCUAUCUACUCGACCAUUUAA